GGCUGUUGUCACGAUGGAGUUUCCAACUCAGUAAUCCAAGGACUAGACCCUGAGUCCACAAAGCAUGAUCUCCUUCUGUCCAGUCUGUGGCAAAGAUGUCAAAGGAUCAUUCAAAUUCUGCCCAUUCUGUGGCAAUUCCCUGCCUGUAGAGGAGCAUGCAGAAGCUCAGACUGGCCUUUCGCCUCCUGCGUCAUCCUUCCGAGGCUCAAGGAGAGGGCUGAACUCCAGUUCUGAAACCUCUCCCAAGAAAGUGAAACGGCCGCCCACUGUCACUUCUGUUCCACCCUCUGUCCUCUCUGGCUGUGACAGUUCUGCGUCUGAAGACACCUUUAAUUCUCCUGAGAGAGCCACAGGUACCUGGAGCAGACCCCCGACCCCCAGAGGCAGCCCCCAAUCCUCCAGACGAAGUCCUCAGACACUGAAGCGGAGCCGGGUGACCACCAACCUCCAGGCUUUGCCCAUAGGGACAAAACUGACAGACAAGAAAGGGCAGCACUGGACACUGGGGGUCCUCCAGACCCGGGAUGACCAAGGCAUUCUUUAUAAAGCUGAGCCCACUUCUGCCCUCCCCUGUGAAUCAAGGACUGAGAAGUAUAGAUUCUCACUCAAACUGGACUCCAAGGAUGGGCGCCUUUUCAAUGAGCAGAACUUCUUUCAGAGGGCAGCCAAGCCUAUGCAAGUGAACAAGUGGAAGAAGAAAUGCUUGGUUCCGCUCCUGGCCAUUCCCAUCUGCUUUGGCUUUGGCAUUCACCAGGACAAGUACAGGUUCCUGGUGUUCCCCAGCCUGGGGAGGAGCCUUCAGUCAGCCCUGGAUGACAACCCAAAGCAUGUGGUAUCGGAGAGAUGUGUGCUGCAGGUGGCCUGCAGGCUGCUGGAUGCUCUAGAGUUCAUCCAUGAAAAUGAGUAUGUUCAUGGGAACCUGACGGCUGAGAAUGUCUUUGUGAAUCCCAAGGAUUAAGUAAGUGAGGUGGCCCUGAUGGGCUAUGGCUUCACCUUCCGCUACUGCCCGGGUGGCAGACAUGUGACCUACAAAAAAGGCAGCAGGAGCCCCCACGAGGGGGACCUGGAGUUCAUUAGUGUGGACAUACACAAGGGAUGCGGGCCCUCUCGCUGUAGUGACCUCCAGAUCUUGGGCUACUGUAUGCUCAAGUGGCUUUAUGGGUCACUGUCAUGGACAAACUGCCUUCCCAACACCGAGGAGAUCACUAGGCAGAAGCAGAAGUAUCUGGGCAGCCCUGAGCUUCUCGUGGGACUGUGUGGCCACCGGAACAGGGGCUCAGAGACCCUGCAGGAGUGCCUGAAGGUGGUGAUGGCCCUCAAUUACGAGGAGAAACCGCCUUAUGCCACGCUGAGGAAUAAUCUAGAAGCCCUGCUGGAGGAUCUCUGGGUGUCACCCUAUGACCCCCUGGACCUCCAGAUGGUGCCUUAG